AUGACAUUUAAUAUUGCUAUUGACGGUCUGACCACCACUGGAAAAACUUCUAUUGGCUAUUCUUUAGCAAAACGAUUAAAUUUUAAUUUUAUUGAUUCUGGUUUAUUUUAUCACUAUUUAGCUUACUACAAUAUUAAUUCGACAAAUUUUAAUCAACAUACUUACAAUACUCUAAUUAAUUGUUCCAACUCUAAUACAUUUUCUUCCCUUGAUAUUUCUCAAAAAGCGUCUGAACUUUCAAAAGAUGAAGAAAUACGUUCGUUAAUUAAUCAAGAAAUCAAGAAAUUAACAAAAGAAAAGAGAUUUGUUGUAGUUGGACGUGAUAUAACAACCAAUAUUCUUCCUGAUGCAGAAUUUAAAAUUUUGUUAUCAGCUGAUUUUGAGACGCGUUUUGGUCGACGUGUGAUGCAAUUAGUUGAAGAAAAUCCUCAAAAUAUUUUAUAUGACAUCAUUACACAUGAUAAUGACUCUAAAUCUUUAAUCAAUUGUUUAAAAAAGAUAAAUUUUUGCAAACGUUGUAAAAAAUCUAUCGAUAAUAAUUUUGAUUCUGAAUCUUACAAAUCUACAACAUUAUCUUCAAUAACAAUAAUAACUGAAGAAUCUCAAAAAUCUCUUAAAAACAAAGGAAUUUUUGACGAUGUUAUUAAAAAAUAUUCUGCAAAAUAUAUUACAUCUCAAUCUGGAACAGUAGAAAAUGAUAAUAUCUUUUGGUCUGACAAUGAAAUGCAAAUGGAUGAUAAAUACAGAUUACUUCUUAGCAAUUAUUCUCUCACUUGUAAGCUUGAAGAAAAAUAUCUUGUGGCUUUAUCUCAUCUUACCUUAGUAGAAAAAUAUAGCAUUCCCGUUAAAGAAACGAAAAAUGCAAUUGAAACUCAACUUAUUAUUCAAUCAAAUUUGAAAAAAAAAUAUAAAGAAAUGAUUACAUCUUACGAAAUCGAUAGCCGAGAAUUUUCUUUGAUUGUACCAAUAACUUCAAAAAAGCAAAUUCCUAUCAGCAAAAGAAUUAAUCCUAAUAAAAAUUAUUUUGAUUAUUAUAAUAUACCAACUGGAAAAAAAGAAAGAGAUGAAAUAUAUGACGAAUAUGCGAUACGUGAAAUAAAGGAAGAAACCGGAAUAACUAUUUAA